CUUAAGGCGGCGCCAGAUAUGCGUCAUUCGGCAAGCACCGAUUGUUUGACGUUCGGCGAACUAGUUGUCUUGCUAUUUGCCGAUUAACGAGCAGACGUCUACACACAUGUGAGGUUUUCCGAGCACGUGUUCGUUCUGGGAAUAGCAAAUAAUCGUCAACAUGGAUGUCGAUGUUGAUGAUGCUCUUCUUGCUUAUCACGCUUUUAUAAUUUUAACUGGAGGAUAUUUACUGCUAAAAAUGAAAAGGAAACCUAGAAGAAGGAGAUGGUGGGCGGUAUCCGUAAAUCGUAAUAGAAGCCAGUACAGCGGUACAAACUUAUUAGCAGAUUUGUUAAAAGAGCCUUCUGGACAGUUCCAAAACUUCUGUAGAAUGUCUAAUGAAGAUUUUAGUUCACUACUAGCAAAAGUAACACCUUUGAUUGCUAAGAAAGAUACAAAGUGGAGGAAAGCAAUACCACCGAAUGAACGUUUAGCCAUAACCUUACGAUUCCUAGCAACAGGAGAUAGUUUUAAAAGCCUGCAUUACUUGUUUAAAGUAUCACCCCAAAUAAUAUCAGAGAUAAUUCCAGAAGUAUGCAGCUCAAUAAUUGAAGUACUGAAGGAUGUUAUUAAGCUUCCUGCUACUGCGACUGAGUGGAGAAUAAUUAGUCGGCAUUUCGAGGAACUGUGGAAUUUCCCACACUGCAUUGGUACUAUUGAUGGGAAACACGUAACAAUUCAGUCACCAAUCAACAGUGGAUCCGAAUUCUUCAAUUAUAAGAAAUACUUCAGUAUUGUACUCAUGGCGCUGGUUGACGCUGAGUAUUGUUUUAUGUUCGCUGAUUGUGGCUGUCAAGGAAGACUGAGUGAUGGUGCAGUUUUUAAAAACACUGUACUCUACAACAAAAUAAAAAGUAAGAGUUUGAAUUUACCUAACGAUGAGCCGCUACCAGGGAGACAAAAACUGAUGCCGUAUGUAUUUCUUGGUGAUGAUGCAUUUGCUUUAAGUAAGCGACUCAUGAAGCCAUUUCCAGGUAGCCAUGAACAAGGUAGCAAACCCCGCAUUUUUAAUUACCGUCUAUCACGAGCCCGAAGAAUAGUAGAGAAUACGUUCGGAAUAAUGGCUAGUGUUUUCCGUGUACUAAGGAAGCCAAUGCUACUACAACCUGACAAAGUGGCACUAGUUACUAUGACCUGUGUUAUUCUGCAUAAUUUUUUAAGAAGAAGCAGGACAUCACGAUCGAUGUACACUCCAGCGGGAACCUUUGAUUCUGAAGAUAAUGGUAUGGUUACAGGAGGGUCGUGGAGGGAAGAUACCGCUGAUAUGACAUCUAUGUUACCUCUACAGAAAGUGCCUAGGAAGCCAGGUACCGCAGCAAAGGAAUACAGAGAAGAGUUUGCUGAAUACUUUAUGAACAAUGGAAAAAUCCCCUGGCAAAAUGACUACAGUUAAAUACAUGUGUACCCUGUACCAUUGAUUUUAAUAAAUAAAUAUAAAUAUUUUACCUCUGAA